AUGGCAGAUGAGUGGAAGGUCUCGGAAAAUCCGGAUUUUAGACUCGGCCGUAUUAUAGUUCCGGUCAUCUUUUCACUGAUAUUCCUUCUCGGAACAGUAGGGAAUGGUCUCGUCCUGGCAGUGUUACUGAGGAAUGGGCAGAUGAGUUCCAGUACAACCAAUCUCUUCAUCUUAAACCUCAGCGUUGCCGAUCUCUUCUUUAUCAUUUUCUGUGUCCCCUUUCAAGCCACCAUCUACACACUGGAUGGGUGGCUCUUUGGCUCCUUCAUGUGCAAAGCAGUGCAUUUUUUCAUCUACCUCACUAUGUACGCCAGCGGCUUCAUUCUGGCUGCGGUAUCCGUGGACAGAUACCUUGCUAUAAGGUACCCCUUGAAAUCGCGGGACCUUCGCACAGCACGUAAUGCCUUAAUUGCCAUCGGAAUAAUCUGGGCAUUAUCAAUAAUCUUAGCUGGGCCGUACUUGAGCUACUACCAGAUUGUCCUCUACAAAGGGGUGCCUAUCUGUGUGCCAGUCUGGGAAGACAGCAGGAGAAAGAUCAUGGAUGUUUCCUCCUUUGUUUUUGGCUAUGCCAUCCCUGUUAUAAUCCUGAGUUUUGCCUACACCAGGACAAUCAAAUACCUGUGGACAUCAGUGGACCCCAUUGAGACCAUCUCAGAGGGCAAGAAAGCCAAGCGGAAAGUAACCAAAAUGAUCAUCAUCGUUGCCGUGCUCUUUUGCCUAUGUUGGCUGCCCCACCAUGUAUUAAUAAUGUGCUUCUGGUUUGGGAACUUCCCGUUCAAUAAGGCGACCUUUGCCUUCAGGCUUAUCUCUCACUGCAUGUCCUAUGCCAACUCUUGCCUUAACCCUAUCGUGUACGCUUUGAUCUCAAAGCAUUUCCGGAAAAGGUUCAAACAAGUAUUUACCUGCCUUCUGCAGAAGAAAGCUGCCAAUAAAGUUCACGUUGUCCACGUGGCCAAUACCGUGACUGGGUUUCACCCUGCCACGACUGAAACCUCCCAGAUAAAUGAACAAAACUGCAUGGUAGGCCGUUCCGCCCUAGUGCGGGAAGAGCCAAGAGUUAAUCUCGGGCAGGAGGUCUGACGUUACCCUCAAGGAGGGAGCAAAUUUAUUUAUUUAUUGAGGUACGAUGCGGAACAGGCCAUUUGACUCUUCAAGUUGCACUGCCCAGCAAUGCACGAUUUA